AUGGAAAGCGACUCUCUCUCAGUUGCAUCAAGCAUGCAUGAAAGAGAUGAUGAAAUACCAACUACAACAGCUGUUGCAUUUGCAGCAAGUAGUACACAGCCACUAUCUCGAAGGACCAGGUUACUGAAGGGUGAAAAUCAAUUUGGUGGUCUUGGGGCUACAGAUGGAUCAUAUAGAGCAAAUUCAAUUGAUGGAGGCUCAUCGUUUGAUGGCCACGAUGAGGAGGGUUCGUUGGAACCACCUGAUGAAGCUACAUCAGAUGGACAUGCUGUAAGGCUUAAUGGUGGUGAUGGAAAAGUAGUUCCUCGUCAACUUCCACCAUGGCUUUUGGAUUCUACUCCCGAUGAAUUUAUUGUAUGAAAUAAAAAGAGUGAUGCUCCACUCCAUGUGAAGUAUUUGCAGACUAUGGUUCAAUGCCUCUGUAUGCUUGGCAAAAUUGCGGCUGCAGGUGCUAUGAUAUGCCAGAGACUACGACCCACAGUUCAUGAGAUCAUUACAUCUAAGAUCAAAGCUCAUGCAGAACUUAUUAGUUCUUCGAGGUCUGGCAUUGGUCAGGGUGAUCGAUCCUCAACUACUGUUCUCCAUUUUAUGAAGGGACAGUUAGAAAGCUAUCACUUGUCAAAACAGAAGCGUCAGAAUGGGAUAUCACUUGUGGGGACUCUCUCAGCAGUAAGUCCGGUCUCUCCUGUUAUGGCUCCUGCAGGAAAAGCACAGGCUGCAGCGAAAGAGCUUCUUGAUUCAAUUUUGGAUUCUGGUGUUCGGAUCUUAGAGAACCAUGUUGUUGUUGGUGAGCUUUUGGAGUCUAAGUCUACUCAAGAUGACGGUAACACAGCAAAGUCAAUGCAGGCAGAGGCCAACUGGAACCCCGAUUCUGAUGCAUCCCAAGUUACUGGAGGCUACAGUAUUGGCUUUUCAUUGACAGUUUUGCAGAGUGAAUGCCAACAACUCAUAUGUGAGAUUCUGCGAGCUACUCCUGAAGCUGCAUCGGCAGAUGCUGCUGUUCAAACAGCCAGACUUGCGAACAAGGUCCCUUCAAAGGAAAAAAGGGAUGCAUCAGAAGAUGGUCUUACAUUUGCUUUUCGUUUCACAGAUGCUAGUAUAUCAAUUCCUAACCAGGGUAUGGUAAAUAGUAUACUUUUGAAAUGCCUACACCUCUCUUCAAUGUUGCCAAAAAAGUAUUCCCAGCUAGGGAAUGAUGGAUUGCUAGCCUUUAUGGAGAACUUUGUGAAGGACCACCUGUUACCAACUAUGUUUGUAGACUACCGGAAAGGUGUACAACAGGCUAUAUCAAGUCCAGCUGCAUUUCGGCCACGGUCACAUACUAUCACUACUUAUACUCCAUCUAUUGAAAAGGGUCGACCUGUCUUACAGGGGCUUUUGGCAAUUGAUUUCUUAGCAAAAGAGGUGCUUGGAUGGGCUCAAGCUAUGCCUAAAUUUGCUACUGACCUUGUGAAGUAUGUGCAAACAUUCCUCGAGAGAACAUAUGAAAGAUGUCGGACAUCGUAUAUGGAGGCUGUUCUUGAGAAGCAGAGUUAUAUGCUCAUUGGCCGACAUGACAUUGAGAAAUUGAUGCGACUUGAUCCAGUGAGCGCUUGUUUACAAAGUACACUUCAUCAAUCAGCAGUAAGAAAUAGUGGCUCUCACUCCGAAGUUGUUGAUGUCGGCAGACUCAGUGAGUUAUUCUUGAGUUUGCGGCCUAUCAGCAAGUAUGAUAAUUUAAUUCGUGAUGAUAACAAACUUAUUUUGCUAGCAUCCCUGAGUGAUUCAUUGGAGUAUGUGGCAGAUUCAAUUCAAAGGCUUGGACAAAUUAAUCUGAGAGCAGCGAAUGAAGUCGAAGAUGGUGGCAAUCAUCAUCACAGGCGAACAAGCAGUGCGCCAACUAGAGAUCUGGCAUCAUUUGCAGAUGAAUAUAGAAAGCUGGCAACUGAUUGCCUCAAGGUUUUACGUGUAGAGAUGCAGUUGGAGACAAUUUUUCAUAUGCAGGAAAUGACAAAUAGGGUAUACUUAGAGGACCAAGAUGCAGAGGAGCCAGAUGACUUCAUUAUUUCACUCACUGCCCAGAUAACACGUAGAGAUGAGGAGAUGGCACCUUUUGUUGCAGGAAUUAAACGCAAUUACAUAUUUGGUGGUAUUUGUACGAUUGCAGCUAAUGCAUCCAUCAAGGCUUUGGCAGACAUGAAAUCCAUCAAUCUUUUUGGUGUUCAGCAGAUAUGUCGGAAUUCAAUCGCCUUGGAGCAGGCCCUUGCAGCUAUUCCUUCAAUUGAAAGUGAAGCUGUACAGCAAAGAUUAGAUCGUGUUCGAACCUACUAUGAACUACUAAAUAUGCCAUUUGAGGCAUUGCUUGCCUUUAUUACCGAGCACUCGCACUUGUUUACAACAUCAGAGUAUGCUAAUCUCUUAAAAGUUAAAGUACCUGGAAGGGAGAUUCCCCCUGAUGCUCAAGAUCGAGUAUUAGAUAUUUUAUCCCACUAGCAUCAUGAAUGGAUGAUAUACCGGCAAGAUAAAUUAUUUACAGUAUUUCAUUCAGGAUGUCAUGCUUGCUUGUAUAGAUUCGAUGGUUCAUCUGUUAUGGCAGUAUAUGGCUGGAUAAAGAAGCUGUUUCUCCAAAGUUGCCGCACAUUGCAGUCACUUUGUUUCAAAUUUUGUCAUGUAUCAUUGAUGAGGAAUGUUCUCCUGUAUUUUGUUUUACUAGUUUUUAUUGUGUAGCAUCAAUUUUGUGUGGUUGUCUGAUGGUGAGGAACAGAUUGUUUUGAUGGUCAUGUAUAAAGUCUUCGCUGCGCUUGUAAAUUGUUCAUAUUGAUUCUUUUUUAAGAAAGGCGAUUCCAUAAGUUUGUGAAA